AUGAACGAUUAUGGACGCCAGAUGGCGCCAGUGCCGCUAACAUUGCCGCUGCCGCUGCCAUUGCCGCUGCUGGCGAACAAAUCACAAAGCAACAGCAACACAGCAGCAAUGCAACUAGAGCAAAGCCACGCCCACGCACAUGUACACACCACACCGCCCAGCACGCCGCCCACGCCGCCCGCAUUGCCGCUCAAUAUGAGCGCCACGCCCACAGCGAACAGCACAGCAGCAAAUCACAUACUGCGCGCCUUCGACGCACUGCUGCAGACCAAGACGCUGGUGGAUGUGACGCUCGUCUGCGCCGAAACCUCCAUACGCGCCCACAAGAUGGUGCUCUCCGCCUGCUCGCCAUUCUUCCAGCGUGUCUUUGCCGAGACGCCCUGCAAGCAUCCGGUCAUCGUGCUCAAGGACUUUCGCGGCUGGGUAGUGCAAGCCAUCGUGGACUUUAUGUAUCGCGGUGAGAUUAGCGUGCCCCAGCAGCGUCUGCAGACGCUCAUACAAGCGGGUGAAUCGCUGCAAGUGCGCGGCUUGGUCGAGAGCUCAGUGCCCGAGCAUACGCCCACGCCCGCCGCCUCGCCCGAUGACUUUCAGCUGCUGGACAGCUCGCUGCACAGCUCCAGCUACGAGGAUGAGUCGCCUUCGAUGGUGCGUGCCGCCGGAAGCAGCAGCAAGUUGAUCAUGCCCACGCGUCUCUUUGGCAAUGCAGCCAGCGCCAUGCAGGCGGCGCUAAGUCUGCGCCGCAAGCGCGAGCAGGAGAGCGAGCGUGAGCUGGAGAGCGAUCAGGAGCUGGGCGGCAGCUCGCCCAUGCCGCGACGCAAGCAGGCGCGUCCCAGACGCCGCUCCGGCGAUAUGCCGCAUGACUUUGCGCUCAGCAAGCCGGAAACGCUGCAGACUGUGAUCAAACUGGAGCAGAAUGAGGAUGAGGAGGAGCAGCGCGAGCCAGAGGCAGCGCCUAGAGCAGCAGCGACACCGCAAGAAGAUUGUCAAAUGGAUACAGACUCAACGCAAAUGCAGCACAGCGAGCAGUCAACGCUGCCGCCGCCGCCGCCGCAGCAGCAGCAGGCAGAGCAGCAGGAGGCGUUAUCCUUGUCGCUCAACGACAGUCGCAAGUCUGUGCCAGUGGAUGUAGAAGACGCCGAGGAGGAGGAGGAGGAGGAGGAAGAAGAGGUUGUGCAGCUGACUGUGCGUCCCGAUUCUGUGCUGCAGCAAUCGCCGCAGACAGAGGACGAGCAGGAUGAGGACGAGCAGGACAUAGAAGAGCUUAUCAACACCACCAACGAGCUGCGACGUCAGGCGGCUGUAGCUGCUGCCAAUGCCGCUGCCAUGUCGCGCACUCCCUCACCCACGCCCAGCGAUGGGCCCGAGGAUCUCUGCACCACCAAGAAGGACCAAUCUACACAGCAACAUGCAGCAGAGCAUGAGAGCAACAACAACAACAACAGCAGCAAGCUGCAGGAUAACAAUCAGCGCAUCAUGUUGUCCUUGAAGGACAUACGCCAGUUGAAUGCCAAGCCCAGUGCCCCACCCACGUCCAACAGCAACAGCAACAGCAACAACAACAGCUGUGCUCCACCACCGCCCCCGCUGCCCAAUCACAAUGGACUGUUGUCCUUGCCGCCGCUGCCAGGACUAAGUCCGCCCUGCCACAUGGAAGCGCUGGAGGCGCAAAUGCAUGCAGCCGCCGCUGCAGCUGUAGCCGCCGCCAACGAGCAUCCCUUCCAUCACAUGGAGCAUCAAAUGGAAAUGUCCUUGGCUGCAGCAGCAGCAGCGGCGGCCAUGCAUCAACGUGAUCCGCGUGAUCCACGCGAUGCGCGUGAGCACAAUGCCUUUGCACGAGAUCUGCUGGGACCAAUGGGCUUGCCGCCGUUUGGCUCCCACAAUGGUGCGCCACCUAGCGGCAACGGUGGAGCCGGACAGGCGCCACAUGAGCGUUUGGAGGAGAGCAUGAACCGCUUGAGCAAGGAGUUCAGCAAGGAGUUUGGCAAGGAGUUCAGCAAGGAGUUUAGCAAAGAGUUUGGCAAGGAUUUCUGCAAGGACUUUGCGCCCAGCUCGCCCAUGAGUCUGCCCAGCCACUUUAAUGCGCCAGACGGCCAACCGCAUCCGCCAUCACCGCUGCCCUUUCCCGGCAUGUCAUCGGCAAUGACGCUAACGCCGCCACACAUGUUUGGUCUGGACUCGCCGUUGGGCUUAUUUCCGCCCGGCAUCGAUCCCAACAAGCUUUAUAAUCCGCUAAUGGAAAUGAGCGAUCCGCGCGAUAUGCCAGGUGGACCGCCGCCGUUUCUCAAAAAGAAAAUGCCACGCCCCAAGGGACAGCAUUCGGCGCCACGCGGUGGACCGCCACGCUCCUGGACGAACACAGAGCUGACGGAGGCGCUGCAGCAUGUGUGGAACAAGAAGAUGACCACAUCGCAGGCAUCGCGCAUCUUUGGCAUACCCUACAACUCGCUGCUGAUGUAUGUGCGUGGCAAGUAUGGGAAGAGUCUGAAGCUGGAGCAGCUGCGCAAGGAUUGCAUCAGUGGACCGCCCAUCGAAAUGCUGCAGAUGGGCAUAAGCGGUGGCGGCGGCGGCGGCGGCUCGAAGAGCGACAAGCACAAGGAGCGCAAGGAGAAGGACAAGGACAAGGAUAAGGAUAAGCAUGGCAACAAUAAUAACAACAACAACAACAACAACAAUGCAGGUGGCGGCAGCAAUGGCAACAUGCCACAUCCGGCUGAUCUGUCAGCUUUGGGUCCGCUCGAUCUGGAGCUGGGUCUGCCGCUUUGUCCGCCCGGCGGUCCACGCAGCGGCAGCUCCGAGCCGGACAUGCUGGGCGCACACAGCGCGCUCUUCAAUCCGUUCAAUCCGCAAGGCUUCUAUCCGGACUUUGCUGGCGGCUUUCCGGGUCUGCCGCUCAGCAUGCUGAAUCUGCUGCCGCCGGCGGAGCGUCAUCAUGCUGCGGUCGCUAUGCAUCAUUUGGGCGUCAGCAUGGACGAGGAUUGCAAGAGCGUUGGCAGCAAGCAGUCCUCCUCGCUCGACGAUGACUUUGCGCGCCUGCCCAGCGAUUUGGGCGGCAGCAGUCAUGGCACGCCACUGACGCAGGCGAAUGGCGGCGGCGGCGCAGGGCAGGAUUGAAAUUUGUGGCGGGAUUGGGCUGCCAACCCAAUGUUCUUCCCGCCGCCGCCCUACGAGCCGGACGAGGAGCAGCAGCAGCAGCAGCAGCAGCCAGGCACGUCCGCCUGUCGCGACUUCAACUUCAAUCCCAGCCUCUUCAUGGCGCGACGCAAGCUCAAGCGCUACCGUUCCAAGCGCGCUCCCCCGCCCCCCUUGCGCACCUAAGCGGAGCGUGCUGCUCUAACUGUGAAAUACAUCGAUGUGAAUUAUUUGAAAUGCAAUUUAGCUUAUUUAACGACAAUACUUUUGUUUA